UAUCUAUCUAUCUAUCUAUCUGUCCUUCUGUCUGUCUGUCUGUCUGCGCGCGUUCUCGGCUCCGGCGGGCGCGCGCCUGCGUGACGUCACGGUUGUGAAGAAGAUGGCGGCGCUCGUGAAGGCGGAAGUGUUGCAGUUUUGUCCUCCCCGGAUCAUGUGACUGCCUCCUGCAGGCCGGAGGAGUGUGUGAACUUCACCAUGAACAACAAGGACACGACGACUGAGUCCGAGACCAGCGGUCAGAUGAAAGCAUUUGUACCCAAUAAGCUGCUGGAGUGUUUGCCUCGCACCACCACUUUACCCAAAGAGAGACUGCGCUGGAACACCAAUGAGGAAAUUGCAUCCUUCCUGAUUUCGUUCGACAGACAUGACGAGUGGCUUUCUUGCACGCUUAAGACCAGGCCACAGAACGGUUCAGUCAUCCUGUACAAUCGCAAGAAGGUCAAAUACAGGAAAGAUGGAUAUUGCUGGAAGAAGAGGAAGGACGGAAAGACGACCAGAGAGGAUCACAUGAAGCUGAAGGUUCAGGGCAUGGAGUGUCUUUACGGUUGUUAUGUUCAUUCCUCCAUCGUUCCAACAUUCCACAGAAGAUGCUAUUGGCUGCUGCAGAACCCAGACAUUGUUCUAGUGCACUAUCUGAACGUGCCGUCACUGGAGGACAGUGUGAAGUCGUGUGGCCCGGUGUCGUGUGCUCUGACCGACCGCAGGGACAGUCUGCGCUGGAGCCGAGACGAACUGCUGUCUCAACUCAAACCCAUGUUCCACAGUAUUUUUUAUGUUUUGUGUGUGAAGUGUUUUGUUGUGUUUUUGUUUGUGUUUAUUGUGCAGUUUGUAAUGGAAACCCAACAGACCAAACCCCAACCACGAACACACACCUGCCUCUGUGCAUCUCCCGGAUCCAACAUUCCUCACCGCUGCAACAGCACCAAACAUCGCAUCAUCUCGCCCAAACUGCCCACCCCUCACCCCGCCCUCAGCGAGCUGCAGAAUCUGGCCAGUGAGGGCUCCGGAGCGGAGGCCGGGCGGGAGCUGGGCUCCAGCGAUGCUUUAGUCGCUGUCAUGCCUUCAGAGAGGAAGCAGCCGUCCGGUGCGCUAGAAGAUGGUGGGCGGGUCGAGGACACGGGGGGCGUGGCUUCACCGUGCUCUGCCUCUUCCUCGUCCUCCUCGAGUCCGCCCCAAACGCAGCGGGCGGCGACAAUCGCUCUUAGCAACGGAAACAGAUUCUACGGUGACCAGCGGUGCGGAUUGGCAGCGGUGGCACUGCCGCAGAAUGCGCUCAUCGUCAUGACGACGGCAGCGGCGAUGGGGCGUGGCUGUGGGGAGGAGCCAAACACUGAGUUAGGCUCCACCCACCUUUCGCUCACCCGCGCCGGCGGGCGGCUCGUUCUUUCUCCUGUGCCGCCCAAACAGGACACGCUCUCUCCGCCAAGCUCCGCCUCCCCAACGAGCCCCGCCCCACCCAAUCAGGGCGUGGCCACUCUGUCACUCACUCUCCUGCCCAGCCCUGUGAUUGGAGGACUCCUGCUGACCUCCCGGGACACCCCCGGGAUGCUCCUGCAUCCAGCGUCUCCGUCCCCCUCGCUGCUCCCAUUCGACCCCGAUUCCUUUCUCAACAGCCCCAAACAGGGGCAGACCUAUGGAGGCCCCGCCCUUACACCCCACUCCAUCUCCGCCUCCUCUUCCCCGUCUCCGCCUCCUUCCACAUCUCCUCAGCCCCCGUCUCUCGCUCUGUCUCUUUCUCCCACGUCUCCGCCGUCGUCUCUAUCCUCCCUCUCUUCUGAGACGGAAAGGAAGAGUGUUCUGGGUCAUCCCUCCUCCAGUCCGGUCUCCCUGUCUCUUUCGCUAUCUCCAACGCGAACGAUUCCCGCACUUCUCCCGUUGUGUCUGGAGUCAUCAUUAGGACUUGAUUCGUUUAGUCCACCCUCCGACAACGGAGCUCCUCCCACCGGAUUCAACGCUCAAGCCCAGCCCAGUCAUCUCCUGCCCAAUCAGCUCUCUCCGGCCGCCAACAGGACGACCCAUAUAACACCCUCCCUCCAAGUGCUGCCGACCAAUCAGCUGCCUCCAGAGAGAGAAAAGGCGGAGUCACAGCACCCUUGUCUUCUAGAAACGCACCCCAUGUGCAUUCAACCACCGAAUCUGACCCCGCCCCCUGCCACGCCCCCAAGCGUGAGUCCUGUACAAGUGAAGGAGGAGCAGUCUCCGCCCACUCAUGCACAUUUCGAAUCAGACGUCACGCCCAUGGACACCACCCACUGUGCCCAUAUAGACGGCGAGGAGGCGGGGCUGACGUUUGACUCCGCCUUCCCCGACCUCAUAUCUGAGCUGAUCACAGAGGAGCCCAUCAGCCACCCGCCCACCCUGGCUCCGCCCGUUUACCCCGUCAGGUACAUGGUUCCGCCUCAGCCGACACCGUCCACCUCGUUCCUGCCCUUCCCGCUCCUUACAAACGCGCACUCGCUUGCGUCCGGCGCCUCUCCGGAAGAAACCCAGCGGCUGUCCAACAUCACGGACUUCUCACCCGAGUGGUCAUACCCAGAGGGCGGAGUGAAGGUGCUGAUCACAGGCCCGUGGUCAGAGACGGACGGCCGAUACUCCUGUGUGUUUGACCAGAGCAGAGUUCCUGCUUCUCUCAUCCAGCCAGGCGUCCUGCGCUGUUACUGUCCGGCUCAUGAAGCUGGACUCGUCGCUCUGCACGUGUUGAAGGACUCCAGCGCCGUCUCCUCCUCAGUGCUGUUUGAGUAUCGCGCUCGCAACGCCUCGUCCUUACCGAGCUCACAGCUGGACUGGUUAUCACUGGACGAUAACCAGUUCAGGAUGUCGAUUCUGGAGCGUUUGGAGCAGAUGGAGCGGCGAAUGGCAGAAAUGUCAAAUAACAGUCAGCAGAGUCACAUGAUUCACUACCAUCAGCAGCUGUGGAGGAACCAGAGCUCCGCUCCGCGCUUGACUCCUGAAAACCAGUCAGGGCUGUGGUUCGAGCGCAGGAUUGUGGCUGUGUGCGAGCGGAUGAUGGCCGGCGGUUGCUGGGAACGAGGCGGUGAGACAGACAGACUCACACACUCCGUCAGACACCGAGGGAUGACGCUGCUGCACCUCGCCGCCGCUCAGGGAUACACACAGCUCAUACACACACUCAUACGCUGGAGGAGUAUCAGUGUGAAUAGUUUGGAUCUGGAACAGGAAGUGGAUCCUCUGAACGUUGAUCAUUUCUCCUGCACACCUCUGAUGUGGGCGUGUGCUCUGGGUCAUCAGGCCGCAGCCGUGUUGUUGUACCACUGGAGCAGCGCGGCUCUGGGAAUCCCAGACUCUCUGGGUCGUUUGCCUCUGGCCGUGGCACAUUCACGUGGACACACACGUCUAGCGCGCUGUUUGGAGGAGUUACACACACACUCUCAGACACUGGAACACACACCGGACACGGCCUCACCUCCGUACCGACCCCUGUCUCCACUGUCCAGCAGCCCUGACACGGGUUUGAGCUCGUCCAGCAGUGUCCCCUCCCCCAGUGACCCGCCCUCUCCCUCCCCAAGCUCCGCCUACUCCAGUGGCUCUGUUCCUGACCCCAUGGACUCCCCCUCCUCCCCGUUCUCAGCCCCGCCCCCGGCCGCUUCCACUGACUCGCUCUUCCUGAUGGACUGUGAGGCUGCGAGUCCCUCCCCGGCGGCCGUGUCGCUUCACUCGGAGCUCGCCGACGAGCUGCUCAACUACAGUGAGAACGCAGAGAACGAGGACUUCCUGUCUGACGAGGUCCUACAGGUUGACAUGGCAACGCUGGCCGAGCAGAUCAUCGAGGCCACGCCUGAGCGAAUCAAACAGGAGGAGUUUAACCGGGAGGCGGAGUCACCGCUGCGAGAGAGGCGGGACAAUCCUGCCAUUCACGACACCAUGCCGUGGCUCGCCACAUACCUCGACACCGUCGACAGGAGUCGGUGUCCCACCCCUCCCUCGCUCCUCAGUGAUUUGGCACUGCAGAGGCUCCGCCCCCCGAGCAGUGUAGCGUGGGCGGAGUUUCUGAAUGCCUCAGCCAAUGGAAGGAUGGAGAGAGACUUCGCCCUGCUGACGCUGACAGACACGGAGCAGAGAGAGCUGUAUGAAGCUGCGCGUGUCAUCCAGAAUGCCUUCCGCAGAUACAAGGGGCGGAGGCUAAAGGAGCAGCAGGACAUGGCUGCAGCCGUAAUACAGCGCUGUUACCGCAAAUACAAACAGCUAACAUGGAUAGCACUGAAGUACGCCUUGUAUAAGAAGAUGACGCAGGCAGCCAUACUAAUUCAGAGUAAGUUCCGCAGUUAUUACGAGCAGAAGAAGUUCCAGCAGUCGCGACGGGCGGCCGUCCUCAUCCAGCAGUACUACCGCAGCUAUAAAGAGUAUGAGCGCAUCAAGCAGGGGCCGCGUGGCCCCGGGGCCCUCAACACCAAGCUCAAGUGAGGCUCGUUCCUGACCAAGAAACAGGAUCAGGCUGCGCGGAAGAUCAUGCGCUUCCUCAGACGCUGCAGACACAGGAUAAAGGAGCUGAAACAGAGUAAAGAGCUGGAGCACAAAGGACUGACCACCUGACCACACACACACUCGUACAGCCGUGUUUACAAUCGCCCCUUCAUCACUCUCAUCACACACUCUGGAUUUCACUGAUUCAGAGAGAAGGCAGACACUCUCUCUCUCUCACACACACACACACACUUAAACACAUACACACACAGAAGUUUCUCUUUGGCUUCUUCUUUCCAGUCGUUGCUGCAACACUACCCUUGACUUUCAGCUAUCUGAAUGUUUGGAAUGUUUUUCUGUAUUAAUGGAUCUCUAUAUAAAUGUAAACAGCAUCUACUCUCUGAUACUGUAUGAUCAGAAACACACAGCUGAUUGUGUUAAUAUGAAGUUAUUUAUUGAUCUCUUGGAGAUAUAUUUUGUAAAUGACAGACGAAUGAACGAACGCUGCGCCGUAUCCAAAGUCUUAAAUUGUAGUUGCCAUGGAAACACUGCGGAAAUGUAACGUUGCCUAGUGACGUACACAUGAUUGCGAAUCUAGUCCAAUGGUUUGUUAAAUAAUAUUACUGCUUAUCUUCAUUAAAUAAAAUGAAUAUCAGGCCAGAAUAUAAAUGAAAUGUUGAGCUCUUUCAGCAGCAGCUGUCACAUAAAAUCAUUUUGGUUCGUCAUUUUGUAAAGACAAGUCAAAAUCUUCUGAAUUUUAGAGUUCACAUGAAACUAGUGUGAUAGAAAUCUCUUCUUGAAGUUGUGUGUGUGUAAAUCCAGUCGCAUAGUUUAUCUGUGUAACGACAGCAGUUUCUGCUGAUGAAGCUCGCUUUCUGGACGGUUUCAGAGAAACAAGACCUGAAACACAACCUGAACAAAAAUACAAAACACGUCUUACUUCCUUCCUGAGAUUAAAGACUUAGGAUUUUUUCUCUCUCUAAAACCUUUUUUUUCUUUUCUCACUUUUUUUCUAUAUUAUCUUUUUUUUUGUCUCCUCAAAAACUUUUUUCUCUCUCCAAAAAAAAAAAGAAAAAAAUU